AUGUGGCGACGGUGGGUUCCUCUAAAAAAGGUUUCUAUAAUGCUAGCUACGGCCCUGGAAUGACCAUAUGCUUGACGUCCAAUAGCCGAUGAUAAGAUAAAAAAUCAAUGUGCUCUAGUGGCGUCGUUAAAUAAAACAAACUUUUUUUUAUAUAUUGGUGUUUUAGGUAGUUUUAUUCUAUUCUUUUUCAGGAUGGACACUUUCUUGCGCAAACGAUGGGUUGAUAACCGAACAAUCGAUAAGCUGAAAGAGGAUAAGAUUGACGAGGAUGUAGCACGGCUAAUGGAUGAUGAACAACUAACACAGUAUCUAUCAAAACCUGGGGAUAUUAUAGCAUUGAGACAUUUUUUAAAACCAUCCGUCCCGGACCAAACACGUAUCAGGAAGCACAGUUUGAUGGAACAACUGAAUUCCCGAUUGGAAAUGCACGACCGUAAUCCAGAUGCUCCGCAAUCCAGUGUAAAGUUGGCUCGCUAUAACGCUAUGAAAAACACCCAUAUCAUUGAGCUGGGCUGGAUGCACUACAACGAAAAGAGACACCAGUAUGCCCAAGUUAGAACCAAAAAAGGAGUUGGGACGCGCUCCAUAUCAUUGGAUAAGAAAUCCACCAAAACUGACAUUAUAACAGAAGCAAAGAAACUAUUCUUUCCUGGAGAUGAAUCAAGCCUUGGGUCACUGAAAGAUAGGAAAUUGAAUUAA